CGUCAACUAUCAAUAACAACGGCUGACGCUGAAGUGCAAACGAGAGUGAUGGUCGCCAGUUCGUUUCCAGAUGACGCUGUGGCACAGCAGUCCAUGCCAGACCUUGUGGCCUUGGAGAAGAUUGAGGAGGAGGAGCGUAAGGAGCGCGAGGUCCGUGCCGCCAAGGAAGCCGUCAAGGCGGAGCCCGUGGAGGUGACGGGCGAGAAGAUUGCCAAACUCGACUCUCUUCUAGAAAAAGCCAGUCUCUACUCGAGCUUUCUUUUCUCCAACAUGGACAGUGCCGCUACUGUCAGCGACGUUGUGAAAGCUGAAGAGGAAGAAGAGGAGGAACAGCCCACAAAGGGCAAGCGUAAGCGCGGUAAGAAGACGUCGCAGGAGGUCAACAAGAAGACCAAAAAGGGUGUUGACAAGUUGCGCAAAGUACAAGGCGACGCGUCCUUAGACACGCGUCAGCAGCCUCAGAAGGUGGAAUUCGAGCAACCCAAGCUGCUUACGGGCGGUACGCUCCGCGACUACCAGCUAGAAGGCAUCCGAUGGCUCUGCAACUUGUUUGAGAACGGUCUGAACGGCAUUCUAGCAGACGAAAUGGGUCUGGGUAAAACGAUCCAAGUGAUUGGUCUUCUAGCUCAUCUAAAGGCGCUCGGCGUGCGUGGUCCGCACCUUAUUGUGGCCCCACUCUCGACGCUGAUGAACUGGGCGAAUGAGUUCCGCAAGUGGGCUCCUAGCAUGCCAGUUGUCAUUUACCACGGCACCAAGCAGGAGCGAAAGGAGAUGCGCAAGAAUGCUCUCAACCGCAAGAAGAAGAGCGACGUCAACUUUCCAGUCGUCAUUUCAUCGUACGAGGUGAUGAUCUCAGACGCUAGAGCGUUUUUCAGCUCCGGAUUCGUGUGGAAAUACAUGGUCAUCGAUGAAGGUCACCGACUGAAGAACAUGGACUGCAAACUCGUGCGUGAACUCAAGCGCGGACGGUCAGAGAACCGACUGCUGCUUACAGGAACCCCAUUACAGAACAACCUGACGGAGCUGUGGUCGCUGCUCAACUUUAUCCUCCCUGACGUAUUUGACGACCUUGAGCUCUUCGAGAGCUGGUUCUCGUUUACUCCGGACGCUGUUGCCACUGCUGCUGCUACGGGUGAGUCGGUGGCAGCGCAAGAUGUGCUACAGGGAGAGAAGAAAGUCGAGGUGAUCGGCAAGCUGCAUGAAAUCCUCCGCCCUUUCCUGCUUCGUCGCUUGAAAGUGGACGUGGUGGAGGAGAUGGUCUCGAAGACGGAAAUUUUUGUCUACUGCUCGAUGACUCCGAUGCAACGGGAGUACUACCAGAUGAUUCGCGAUGGCACACUUGCGAAGGCUAUGGAAGAAAAGUACGGCAAGUUUCAAGCGCAGAAGGCGUUCAAUACGACGACGUUGAGAAACAAGAUGAUGCAGCUGCGCAAAUGCUGUCUCCACCCGUAUCUUUUCGACGAGCCUUUGACAGCCGGUGGAGACGUUGUCACGGAUGAGAGGAUGAUAGAAACGUCGGGAAAGCUGAGUAUUCUGGAUCGGAUGCUCAGGCAGCUCAAGCGCAAGGGCCAUAAAGUGCUUAUUUUCAGCCAGAUGACACGGAUGAUGGACAUUCUGGAGGACUACUUUCGCAUGCGCGAGUACAGCUACUGCAGACUGGACGGCAGCACCAAACUGAUGGAUCGUGUUGACCAGAUGGAGAAGUUCAACAAGGUGUCGGCUGGAUCAGGGUCUGCUAACGACGACGACAACGUCUUCGUGUUCAUGCUGUCGACACGUGCUGGCGGUCUCGGUAUCAAUCUGAUCGCAGCUGACACCGUCAUUUUCUACGACUCGGACUGGAACCCUCAGCAGGACAACCAGGCCAUGGAUCGUUGCCACCGAAUCGGUCAGAAGAACGAGAUCAUCGUGUAUCGUCUUGUGACUGAGAACUCUUUCGAAGACCGCAUGACUCAGCGAGCUUUCGAGAAGCGCAAACUCGAGCGCGUUGUCAUUCAACGUGGCGGAUUUAAAGAGCGAACGACCCCAGCUGAGAGUGCUAAGCUGACAAAUACGGAAUUGGAGGAUUUGCUACGAGACGACGUGGAGAUCCGUCAGGGCGUCGAGAGCGGAGGUAUCACCGACGACGAGCUGAAUCAAAUUCUGGAUCGUGAAUUAGUAGUCAAGAGCUUUGUGAAAACCUCCAAGGAGGAAAACGCAAAGGCAUCAGGUGUGAUCCCACUCAAGGGCGAUGGCUACGAAGUGGUCGACAAUGCCCCCGCAUCCAUGGAGAGCUUUGCAUAG